UGCGAGUCAGGGGAGGCCUCGCCUCGGCGGCCCAGGCCGUUCCGUCCCCACUUCAUCUGCCGCCGCCGUCGCCGCCGCCGCCGCUGAUUCCCGACCUUCUCCCCGGCUCCUCCGCCGGCUCCAGGGAUGCGAUGGGGACCCUGGGCAAGAGGACGCGGGGGUCGCGGAGCUGGCGCCCGAAGGCCUCAGCCGCCGGGGCGAGGAGGGUCUGAGGCUCCUCGGCCGCCCCGGGACGGAGAGGGCCCGGGCCGGGCCGGGCCGCGAGAGAAGAUGAACAUUUGCAACAAGCCCUCCAAUAAGACAGCUCCCGAGAAGACUGAAUGGACAGCUUCGGACAAGGACAGCGGACCGUCUCCGGAGCUCUGUGGCCAGCGAUCCCGGAGAAAUGGCUGGAGUUGGCCCCCACACCCAUUCCAGAUUGUUGCUUGGCUGCUGUACCUCUUCUUUGCUCUGAUUGGCUUUGGGAUCCUCGUUCCUCUCCUGCCUCACCCGUGGGUACCUGCUGGCUACGCUUGUAUGGGAAUUGUCUUUAUCUGCCAUCUCGUCGUCCACCUGACUGCAGUCUCCAUCGAUCCAGCAGAUGCCAACGUGAGGGAUAAGAGCUACGCAGGGCCCCUGCCCAUCUUCAACCGUAGUCAGCACGCUCAUGUCAUUGAGGAUCUGCACUGUAACCUCUGCGACGUGGAUGUGAGCUCCCGAUCAAAGCACUGCAGUGCCUGCAACAAGUGUGUAUGUGGUUUUGACCAUCACUGCAAAUGGCUCAACAACUGCGUGGGGGAGAGAAACUACUGGCUCUUCCUGAACAGCGUGGUCUCAGCCCUGCUGGGGGUCCUGCUGGUGGUGCUCAUCGCCUUCUACAUCUUCGUGGAGUUCUUUAUCAACCCCAUGCGGCUUCGGACCAACAAACACUUUGAAGUCCUGAAGAACCACACAGACGUAUGGUUCGUGUUUCUCCCGGCGGCCCCCGUGGAGACCCAGGCCCCUGCCAUCCUGGCCUUGGCUGCCCUCCUCAUCCUGCUGGGCCUUCUGUCUGUGGUGCUGCUGGGGCAUCUCCUCUGCUUUCACAUCUAUCUCAUGUGGCACAAACUAACCACCUAUGAGUACAUCGUGCAGCAGCGGCCCCCCAAGGAGGAGAAGGACACCCAGAAGGAACCAAAGAUGCAGCCCGUUCAGGAGGUGGAGUUCUACGUCCGCAGCUUCAGCUACACCAGUUCAGAGCUCCCGGCAGAGGGCUUGGUCUCCACAGCUUCCAAGAGAGACCAUUCUACACUCUUUGUCACCAGCGCCGAGCCUGUGUUGCCCUCCUCCUCUGACACCCCAUCGCUGCCACCCAAGAUCCAGCCACAGAAGAGGAAGAAGAAGAAGAGGAAAGUGUACAAGGUGCCGGCCUUGGUAGCCAGUGAGAAGUCUCAGAGCCGCCCCCCACCCCGACCCAGGAUGCCAGCCCCCUGCCCUGAGCUCCCUGAGGCUGCUGCUGCCCUGAGUUCUCCGUCCCACUCCUCCAACUCCAGCCUUCACCUCCCUGUGCCGGCCUUCCUGGGCCCAGACAGCUCUGUGCAGGCGGCUGGGCCUCCGGCGGAAUACCACUCAGAGUCAGCCGAGUCCAUGGAGGAGAUCCCUGUGGCCCAGACCCGUCUGGGCAGUAGCACCCCAGCUGAAGGUGGCCGGCUGCCCCCUUAUAGUGGCCUGGGCCUUUCCCGACAUCACCUCCCCCGAGCUCCUGGCCUGGCCAAGAGAUGCCCUCGGGGCAGAGAUCAUGAACAGGAGCUGGAACUUGCAGCCAAAGUGCCCACUGUGUUUGUGAGCCAAAGCAGUGGGGAGCCCCCUGCGCCCUCCAGAGGGCAGCCAUGUGCUGGUGCCAGGCUGGACCACCCGGAGGGGAGCAUGACCUAGGCCCUUCCCUACCUCCCAGCAUUGCUGCUGGCCUAGCUGGCAGAGGUGAGUGCUAGGCCAGGGCCUCCGGUGCCACCCUCCUGCCCCUCGCCCCAUGUCUUUGCCUUCUUCCUUGGGUUGUGACUCUUCUUGGAGUCCAGCCUGAGCCCAAGUGGCUGAAAUGAAGCCCAAGGCAAAUUCAGUUGUGAGAGGUUGGGAUCGAGUUCGAGAGGCUCAGUGGCAGCCUAGCCCAAAGGACAAAACCAGCCGGGGCACAGCUGCACCUGGAGGGAUGACCCUUCCAGCUAGUUGUCUCUCCAAGGACUGAGAUGGAGGAGAGAAGGCGGGCCUUGGGAGCAGGGGCCCACAGCAGUAGGACCCUGGAGUUGGCAAGCUCGCCUCAGAAGGCCUAGGAGGCAAGUUGGUGAAAAAGUGGUGCCACUCCCCAGUAUGGGCAACCUGAGGCAAAGCCCUGGCUGAACCGUGCUCGUUAUAGUGAGCCUCACUCAGCCUCCUGGCUCUCCCCUCGAAAUGGACCGUGGCAUUGAGAGAGCCAAAGCUUGCUGCCCCCAGAUGAUCUACGGGGGGGGGGGGGGUAAUCUGAAUCCUAGGCCAAGCCUUAAGGCCAAAGUAAAUCCCUAAUCCCACUGAGUGGGUAACUUUUUCCCUGGACUAAACCAGGCAGCAGAGCCCUCCCCUGAAAGGAGUGGCCUUUUGUGGAGGGUGGGUGGGAGAGUCCCUGGGCUCCAGGCUGAAGCUCCCUCCGAAGUCAGGUACCUACCUAUCCCUCCCAUAUGCCACCCCCAGUCUAUGCAACCCCCUCCCCCAACUCCAAGAGCUGAGCCCCUGGGCCCGGAAGUGUUGCCCCUCCUACGGAAGACUGCUGGCCAGUAAGGGCAGCACCCAGCCAGGAGGGAGGUGGGAGAUGUGCUGCUGGGGAAAGCCAAGAUCGGGAGCACCUUCCAACAAACAGCACAGAAUUCACUUUAGGGGAGUACCCAGGGGCUUGGGGGUGGGUGAGCACUCGGGACUUCAGCCCUCCUUUCCUCCCCCGCUCCUGGGGGUGUGCUUCCCCCUUAAUCAUGAGCAGCAGCACCCUUCCUCCUGUGGAUUAUUCAUGAUGUCACGAUAUAAAUUUUGUAUGCCUUUCUUUGCUAAUGCUCGUUGUGGCUUUCUUUCUUAGCCUGGCCACAGGUCUAACCUGGGCUAACCUUUCCUGAGCUGGACCAACAACCCUCAAUGUCCUAAGAGCUGGCCAGAGUUGGAGCGGGGAGAUUGUGGGGAGCCUGAGGGUCUAGAUGAUGCUGAGAGUAGGGAGUGAUUGACUGAUGACCUAGAUCCGGAGCGUGUAGGGAAUCCCGGGAUCGGCUUCGGGAUGCUGGGGAGAAGAAGCGGGAAGGAAGGGUUUCCCUGGCUUGCCUGAAUCCGCGAGAAGCGGGGAGGCGGAAAGAAGGGGGAAGGCCCCCGUCCCUCAGGGCUCCCCCGGGACAGCUACAGCCUCGGAGCGCUCUGGGUGUGCGCUGGGCCCCUGGGGAGAAGGCCGUUUCUCAGGCGUGAUCGCACUGAGAAGGGAAGUCUGGUGUCCGAGGCUCCCCGGGGCAGAGCCCUUUGGGGGACAUCGUGAAUGCGGAGCGCAUCCAAGCUGC